CUUCAACACUUUCUGACAGGGGUGGGGAUAUUUACUGGAAGAGUGAUAAAUGAAAAUAAACCUUGUGAACAAACCUUUUAUAAUCCAAUGUAUCACCUGAUUCAAUUUUCAAAUUGAAUAUCUACUCUUAAACAAUAUUUCGUUGAUAUUUUGAUAGUAGAAAAGUGUCCAUCAAAACAUAAAUUACUUAAAGUUUCUUUACACCCCUGAAAUAUUUUCGUGGAUAGUCAUCAUCAGCAAUGCAAGAUGGCGGUUUAGGAGUGUCCGUGAAUUCCACUUUCCAUCAUUCUGUGCGUUUCUUGUCAACUUUUGAGUCCGGUGAGUUUGCCUUUAUUAAUUCAUCAUUUCAGACUGAACACAGAGAGGAAGUUCAACGAUUCUUUGAUGUAAUUUCAGCCAUUUUUAAGACUGCCAAAGCCCAGAGAUCACUUUCCUUGUGAUAUUGGUGUAGUCAGAGCCUAUGCCAGGAGUGAACAUGGGAGAGGAGGAGGUACCCCAGAUACCAGUCAAGGCUGCCUACAAUGGAGAUAUUCUCUGCAUCACCAUUGAUCAGGACAUCACAUUGGAUGAUUUGUCUGCUGAUAUGAGGGACAUCUGCAACUUUGAUGAGGACCAGUGUUUCACCAUGAAAUGGGUAGAUGAAGAGGGGGAUCCAUGUACCAUCUCAUCUCAAGAGGAGUUGGAGGAAGCCAUCCGACUGUAUGAGGUCAACAAAGACUCUAAUAUCACCAUUCACAUCUUUCCAUCCGUACCGGAGCAGCCUGGGAUGCCAUGCCCUGGGGAAGACAGAAACAUUUACAGGCGUGGAGCUAGGCGAUGGCGCAAACUCUACAAAGUUAAUGGCCACACAUUCUCUGCCAAGAGAUUCAGCAGGAGAGCUCUGUGUGCUUACUGUGAAGACAGGAUAUGGGGCCUUGGCCGACAGGGUUACAAAUGUGUUGACUGCAAGUUGCUGGUGCAUAAAAAGUGUCACCGACUGGUCAAACAGCCAUGCGGACCUCAGCUGCAGGUCCACAAGUCACUAAAUGAGGAGCGUAGUGGCUCUGCUAGUUCUCUUCCGUCCAGCGAUAACAAACAGGAAUCAGCCCACCACCAGAGAAGUACUAGUGGCAGUCCACGCCCCAAGCACAAAUUCAGAGACAACACUCUAGUCACCCAGUACUCUGAGGGGGAGGGCAAAGAGGCCCAAUCAGGUGAGACAAGCGAGAACACGGUCAGUUUGGACCAUUUCAGCAUGCUGCGUGUGAUUGGGCGAGGGAGCUACGCCAAGGUGCUGCUGGUAGAGCAAAAGAGCACACAACGCGUCUAUGCAAUGAAGGUUAUUAAGAAGGAGUUAGUGACAGAUGAUGAGGAUAUCGACUGGGUGCAGACAGAGAAGCAUGUCUUUGAGACGGCCUCCAACCACCCUUUCUUGGUAGGCCUGCACUCCUGCUUCCAAACUCCCAGCAGGUUGUUCUUUGUGAUUGAGUUUGUAAGUGGUGGUGAUCUCAUGUUCCACAUGCAACGACAGCGCCGACUGCCAGAAGAACAUGCUCGCUUCUACUCAGCUGAAAUUAGCCUGGCACUAAAUUUCUUACAUGAAAGAGGUGUAAUUUACCGAGAUCUCAAAUUAGACAAUGUGCUGCUGGACUCUGAUGGUCAUAUCAAACUGACUGAUUAUGGCAUGUGCAAGGAGGGACUACGACCAGGUGACACUACCAGCACAUUCUGUGGGACACCCAAUUAUAUAGCUCCAGAAAUACUCAGGGGUGAAGAUUAUGACUAUAGUGUUGAUUGGUGGGCCUUAGGUGUGUUGAUGUUUGAGAUGUUGGCUGGGCGUUCCCCAUUUGAUAUUGUUGGAUCAGCAGAACACCCAGAUCAAAACACAGAGGAUUACCUGUUUCAAGUGAUCUUAGAGAAGCCAAUCAGAAUACCUCGUGCCCUGUCUGUCAAGGCUGCAUCAGUGCUGAAAGGCUUCCUCAACAAGAACCCUAUAGAACGUCUAGCCUGUCACCCACAGACAGGAUUUUCUGAUGUAACAUCACAUCCAUUCUUCAAAACCAUUGACUGGGAAAGGCUGGGGAGUCGUCAGGUGACCCCUCCCUACAAACCGCGUCUUGAGAGUGAACGUGACCUAGAACAUUUUGACCCACAGUUUACAGAGGAACCUGUGCAGCUUACUCCAGAUGAUCAGAGGAUGGUCAGUCGCAUUGACCAGUCAGAGUUUGAGGGAUUUGAAUAUGUUAAUCCUCUACUGAUGUCUGGUGAAGAGUGCGUCUAGUCAGACACAUACAGAUGGCUAGUCAUGGGUUUAUCCAGCCUUGGGCUCCACUUCUGUGCUUCCAGUGUGUUCAUCUCCAUAUUUAAGAGUUCAGGAAGUGUUAACAUCAAGUUGUUCUACAAAUCUUGAUGUCUUUGGAAUAAUUUCCAAAUGGCCAGUGUGUGAUUGCCAUCAAGUUCUUUGAUUAGCUGGAGUGUUUCAAGGAGCUGUAUCGCAAAGUUUUAAUUCAAGAAUGAACAAUCUCAAGAGUAAUUUACGUUUGACCUUUAUGCAAAUAAUUUAAGUAGCAUGGCAGACUAUGAAACCCUUGAUAAUGUGUGAACAUCUGUACUACAUUAUUCAGUUUUUAACUUAUAAAAUAAGUAGUUAAUUUGUAGGGUAUUAUCAGUUAGUUCAUUUCUCAAGUCUCAUAGUCCUUUCUGUAUUAUGAUGAACUUGUGCUUUCUCUGGGAAUUUUAUAGAGGGCACUGUUGGGCCACUCACAAGUGCCAAAUAAAGACAUUUUUGUUUCACUGCACUGGUAGCCCAUUCCAAAUUCUGCAUACCAUUAAUUAAAGUUGAUGGUACUUGGUAUGAAAAGGUUGUCAGAAGUGCUUUUUGGUAUGAAUCUCCCUGGAUGAAGUGGUUUUAGAUCACAACACCAUUGUGCAAAGUGCACAAGUAGUAACUAUGGAAUACCCAAUGUAUUCUUUAAGGAAACCACAUACCAGAGAGCAUCAAAAGCUGCAAAUAAUUGUGACGAAAACACUUGCAGUGUAGUUUGCAUUGGUGAAGGUGUAAGCAUGUAAUGUUGAUAUUCAAAACGAACCUGACUUUAAAGGUUAACAGAAAUUGAAAACAUUUAGUUCAUAAAGUAUUUCAAAA